CUUCCAGAAUAUGAUCAUUGAAGGAGCUGGGCUGCUGCUUACACUGGUAAUCCCUAUAGCCCCUUCAGUAAAAGGCUUGUGAAACGAUCUGUAUCAGGGUUAGGAGAGGGGAGGCAGUAUUGGUGUGUCAGUGCUCAGGGGCACAAGCAGCUGUAUUAGCCACACUGCACACACCGUUAUCUGCUGCCACUGCUGCUCACAAGCUGCUCACACACACUAAUGGCUGAGGGAUCCUCCGUGUCUGCUGACAGAUAGAACAAGGCACACAGCAGAUCCUCCUGUCUAGAAGGCGCAUCUCCUGGUAAUACACCACCAUGGUCUCAUGGAUUAUCUCCAGGCUUGUAGUGCUUAUCUUUGGCACUCUUUAUCCUGCAUAUUAUUCCUACAAGGCUGUGAGGUCCAAGGAUAUCAAAGAAUACGUAAAAUGGAUGAUGUAUUGGAUCAUAUUCGCACUUUUUAUGACAGUCGAAACAUUUACAGAUAUUUUCCUGUGCUGGUUUCCUUUCUAUUAUGAACUUAAAAUAGCUUUUGUUGCUUGGCUGCUAUCUCCAUAUACGAAAGGGUCAAGUCUUCUUUAUCGGAAAUUUGUGCACCCCACAUUGUCUUCAAAGGAAAAAGACAUUGACGAGUGUCUGAUCCAGGCAAAAGAUCGCAGCUAUGAUGCCCUGGUCCAUUUUGGCAAGAGAGGUCUUAAUGUUGCAGCCACCGCUGCAGUUACUGCUGCUGCCAAGGGACAAGGAGCUCUCUCAGAAAGACUAAGAAGCUUUAGCAUGCAGGAUCUCUCCACAAUCCGAGGCGAUACGCCAACUCCGUCACCAGUCACUGUGAGAAGUAAAACAACAAAAGCAAAGCUAUCACGGAGUGUGACACAGCCCGCUGAAGCCUCAGUGUGUACAUGCUGCUCUGCUGGCAAAAUCAUAACAGUGGUAGAGGUUGAAAUGGAUGAAUCUGAAAGAGCUUGUCAGACAACGUAUGAGGUACAGGAACUGGUUUCUGAUGAAGAAGAGGACGCUGGUAUUCUUUUCCUGAAUAAGCCUCACAUCCAUAAAAUGGCUAGGAAGAAGGAUCGGCCUAUUGAGCCUCCUCCCAGAGUCCAUAAACCUCGAUUCAGGAAGAAAAGUAUAACUGCCUCUACCACAGAAACAGCGUGAGUGCAGCCAGCAUCAACUCCACAGAAUGUUUGUUCUCUCUGCCUUAAAAAAAUGCAAUUCACAAACCACACAGCAAGAAUGGUACCAGAGCCCUAAAACUCAAACACGGCUUGUACUGAGCAUCUGCCUCUGCCACACAAUAUGAAAAUCAUUCGAAACUCUGAAGGUUUACAGAUGUCAGUUUGUGCUUUGUAUAGCAGCUAUGGAAAAAUACUAGUUGUAUUAUGAUUACUCUGAACAUUUGCACUGGCUAAAUAGCAGUUUCUCACUACUGAUAUUGAACAGACGCUCCCAUGUACUGACCUGUAACAGUGACCAGCGCACUCAUUGUUAUGGAUUGGUCCACAGACAGGAAGUUGAUCGGCAGCCAUCUUGGAUAUAGGUUCAACAAUCAUACUUAAUUAAACAAUUGAUGUUCUUUGUUAAGCUUUAUCACCUGAAAGGUAGAAGUUAUUCUAAGAUGUUAUAGCUGUGUAAGUGAACAUUUUAUUUUGAUCUUUUUUCUUAUAGCCACUUGUACUUUUUAAUGGAGCUUUGUGAAAUAUGUCCUCUUACAUGUAUACUGCUUCUUGAGCCAUUAUCUUCACUGCCCGAAUGUCAUAUAUCAGUCAUACAUAUCAGACAAAUAAUGCCAUAAAGCAGGAAAUGAUACUUACGACAAAGAAUAGUGGGACCUUAUGGGACAUGCAAGUAGAUGUUUUUCUGAUAUAUAUAUAUAUAUAUAUAUAUAUAUAUAUAUAUAUAUAUAUAUAUAUAUAUAUAUAUAUAUAUAUAUAUAUUUUGUGUGUAAAAUGACUAUGUAACACCUUUAUAUCAAAGGAUAUCUACAAAACAUUAUGUACUUCUGGGGCCCAGGCAUUGAGGUAAAAUAAUGUGGUUCUCAGUAUAUAAAUUAUUUAUGUAAGUCCAUGUGUAUCUGUUUCUUUUGGUGUGUCAUUUUAGACAUUAAAAGGGUAAUGUACUGGACUCUGUCACCACAGUUUGAAGUCUGUGAGUCUAUUGAUUGUCCAUUAAAAUGUCCUUUGUGCCAGCUAUGGGCAUAUUUACCAUGGAUUUGUAUGACAUAUUGCAACUCUAGUUAUACAAAUGACCACAGCGACGUUAGGGGUCUCAUGCGUAGUAAGGUGGGAUAUCCAUUAGUAGGAUGUAUGGCGUUUGUACGCUUCUACAACUGGAGAUGAGCACAAUAAGAUAAAUAAUGUCUAUACUGCACAUGAUUGACACAUUGUACAGUAUUUGCUUAGAAGCCAAUGACAGAAAUUAUUCAAAGGUUUUUAAAAGCUUUUUUGUUUACCAUUGUAAGCAACACAGAUUUCACUAUCACUGUAUAAAAACAACAGCAUCUGCUCUUCACAAUGAGAGACACUAUAAUAAGAGUCCUAGAUUCUCACUCACAAGCCAUAAACACUGUUUGAAUUACUCUAAUACCCAGAAACAGCUUGUGCAGGAGUUCUUUAUAUUACACCUAUUACCUUCAAAAUAUUACACACAUCAAUAUGACACACACCUACCCAUACAUAUAAACCCAUCUCAAGUUUUCUAAUUCUGAGGACUAAUCUUAGGCUGCUAAGAUUUCAUUGUGAAAUUUGCAAAUUAAUGAAAUAAUUAUUUAAAGAGACAUUCAACUCAAUUGAUUUCUAUCCUACAUAUGGAAACAAGUUAACAAUAUAUUAUAAAACUGUUUUGAUUUUGAAACAGGAAAUUGAAAAAAAACCCAACACCCCACUCUAGUGCAAACCCGAUCGCAUAUUCUCAUGUGCACUAACCCGACAUGAAAAUAUGAAUAUUUCCCUUUCCAAUGUUCUUCAAUAUUUAUUCAUAAAUAAAUAUUUCUACAUAUAUCUGAUGGGGGUUUUUUGUACUAUAUAUCUCUUAAUAAUCCUGACGAGCACAAACACCUGCAAUAAACCCCUUAUCGCUUGCGUGCAAACGUUUGCGCUCUACUCGUAAUCUGACCCUAAGUAUUUAAUGUCCUUUUAAGCCCAAAAAAAUGUUGCACAUAAAAUGUAUGCCAAAUGCAUUAAUGCAGGAAGAACACUCUAAACAGAUGUGCAUUUGUAAUGAUACCCACUAUAAAAGCUUAUUAAAGAAAUGGAAAAACCAUUCUUUCCUACUGUCCCCCACUGCUCAGUAACAAGACCGCUAUUUUAAAAUAAGAUACUUUCAAGAUUUGAAGCAUUUUGUUCUAUACUAUAAACUCUGUCCCUAUCCUUUUCAAAUAAUUGCCCACACCAGGGUACCAGUUACCGCAGAAUUUCCUAGUGAAUAAAUCAUUUAUCACCAAAACAAUCGACUAACUGAUUUACUCCAAUAUCCCAAGUUGUCCUCAGCAGGAGAGAUGGAUAAGGGGAAAUUAAGUUUAAUAAUGGCAGCACCUUUAUAGAAACUAAACCUUUACACAUAUCUUUAAUAUUUAAAUGACUAAUAUAACUAAAAAAAACACAUCUAUAUAUUUGCUUUAAAUACAUCAUUAAAUAUAGCAUGUAUUUUCUGUUUUAUAUCCCUUUAAGAUAGACUGCAGAUUCUAUUUGGCGAUUUUUUUUUAUCCUGAAUUCAGCUGAACAAAAUGCAUGACAGGAACAGAUGCUUUGGUGUGAUACAGAAUGAAUUCAUAGUUUGAUAAAGCCAUACAGUGUUAAAUAGAAUUUCUCUAUCAUCUUGAGUUCAGUGUCUGUGAAUAUUCGGUUAUUGCUGUAACAUAUUAAUAGAUUUAUAAUUGCAGUGUACUUCUACUUAAUUGUGCAUAUACUAAUUAUUUAUAUUAUGGAAAAAUAUUUCAGGGCAUCCAUUAUGUUACAAAUGCUGUCACAUACAGUACAUAGAUUUUAUUUUUUGUUCAUACAUAGAAUUAUGUCACAUUAUGUCACACGUAACUUGCAACUGCAUGUUUAAACCUUAAACCAGGAUUACUUUGUCGCUGUUAUAAGAUUAUUAAAGUGAUUCUCUAAAGGUAAA